AUGGCUGAAUAUUCUAACUCAUUUUCGAAAUAAUUUAGAGAGGAUUAAGAAGAAUUUUUGAAUAUUGCCAUAAAGAAAUGGAAAUUCCAUAAGAACUUCAAAAGAAAUCUGAUAAUAUUUAGUAUAAUUGGAAUAUUUUUAUUGGUCUUUGCAAUCAUAUUUUUAGUAUUCAAUUUGCAAAUAGUCGAAAAGGAGGUUUAUUAUGGGUCCUCAUGCACAGCCAAUUAACUUAAUUGCGAAAUACCAAUUGAAAUAUCUAGUGACAUGACAGCACCAAUUUUUGUAUACUAUUAACUCGAGAACUUUUACAGAAGAAAUCGAAAUUAUUUCAAAUCAAAAUCUAUUGAAUAAUUGAAAGGGAAUACGGAUGCUGAUCUUUCUAAUUGUGGAGAUUAUCAAACGAAUUCUGAUAUGGAGAAAGUGAAAUCUUACGGUGGCAACUAGUUAAAUAAGAGUGAGAAUGCCUUUCCGUGUGGUGAAAUAGCCUACACGUAUUUUACUGAUACAUUUAAAUUAAAAAAUUCUAAAGGAGAAAUAGUUGAGAUUGAUGAAACAGAUAUAGCUUGGGAAAGUGACAGAGAAUUUAACUUCAAAAACCCUAAGGGAUGGGAAAAGUUUGCUUGGACCAAUAUUGAAGAUGAACACUUUAUGGUUUGGAUGAGAACAGCCGGGUAGGGUAGAUUAAAGAAAUUGUGGGGUAGAAUUUAGAAUGAUCUAAGCAAAGGACAAUAUGUAUUGGUUGUAAAUAAUACUUACAACGAGUAACUGUAUUCAUCUGAUAUGGUCAAGAGUUUCUUUAUGACAACCACAACGAUAUUUGGAUAGAAAAAUAUGGUUCUGGUUGGUUCAUAUUUUGCUGGAGCUUUCAUAUGCUUGUGCUCCAUUAUUGUGCUUGUUGUUAUAUACUUUAGAGAUAAGAGAAGAAAAAUAAUUUGA